AAAAUCAAUUAUUUCUUAGAAUACAGCUGCUGAUUACAUUAUUUUAUUCUACAGUUUGCAUUGAAUUGUUCAGUUUCUAUUAAAAUAUUUAAAACAGCAAAUAUUUCGUAUAUUCUUUUAACAAUGGGCAGGUAUUUCUUGCUACAAAUGCUCUCUACAUUAACAAUUGUUUAUAGUUUCGAUCCGAAUAUACAUGAUAUAACUCAAAUGCUGGAUAUCGGAAUGGAUUAUAAACAAAAUCCUUGUGAAAACUUUUAUGAUUAUGUUUGUGGUAAUUGGGCUGAAAAAUUUCCAAAACCUAAUUAUCAUUCAAUUUGGAAUUCUGAUGAAAUAACCAAAGACAUCAUAAUCAAUAAAGUCAAAGAUAUUUUGGAAGGUCCAAAUAAUGACAGGAAAUUAUUUUCCAUUGAACGACAGUUCUACAAUGCUUGCAUGAAUACAGGUCAUUCAUUUAAUGAAGGGAAAAUUUUAUACACGAAAAUGGUAGCAGAAAGUUCUCUUCCGGGGACCUCUUGGCAAAAUGUUGCUAAAUAUUAUGCUUUGAAAACUGGUGAAAUUUCCCUUUUUCAUAUUUCCCUAAACUAUGCUGAUAAACUUCAGAUUUUGAGACCACAGCAUACGGGAACAAACAAAAAAUCAUUUGAAGAAUUAGACAUGAAUUUUAUAGACACGUAUUUAAGAAAUAAUCCCGAUGAUUUAUGGUUUAAUCAAUAUCGACCAUCGGACUUUUCCUUUCAAACCGAAUUUAAAGAAUUUAUAAAAUCUGUAAAUGAGCUCGUUCAUGGACCAGAAUUACCAUUGAUUUCAGUUAGUAUACGAGAAUUAGAAGAAAUUUAUGAUACCAGUUGCACUGCACUGAAUUCUAGAUCAGAGAUAAACUGGUUUUCAUUUCUUCAAGCACUUUCUGGAGAAACUUCAAUUCCACUUACAGAUUCGUACCAUAUAGAUGUUGAUUGGUCAUAUUUAGGCGGCUUAUGUGAAAUAUUGAGUGAUACACCAAACGAAGUGAUUGAACGAUAUUUGAAUUUCAAUUUUGAAACUUUGGAAAAUAUGAUACUUCUUAUUAAUGAUUUUGCGACGGAGGUAUCACAUGCAGAAAGAUCAGCUCGUUGUAUUGUCAACAUUCCAAUAACAGACGAAUUUUAUAAUGUAUUAGCGAAUGAUGAAUCACACUUAAACGAAGAGAUUUUGAAUUUAGUGAUUGAAAAUUUAAAAGCCGACUUGGAAAGUGAUAUUAAAAAUAGUUUGCUUGAUGGUCCUCUGAUAGAAACAGUAUUGAAUUGGGCAAGAGGAAUAAGGCUUGAGAUUAGCAAACAACAUUUACCAUUUAUAAGAAAUGAGACCGACUCAGCUUCAUCUUUUACUGUUACUCCAGUUGCUUUACAAAAUUGGAUCAAUUUUAAAAAGGCACGAACGAAUUACAAAUUUUUUUUGUCCUUCACUCACACUCAAGAAGAAAUAAGAAGACGAAAAAGAAGUAUAAAAAUGAAUGCAUAUUACAUGUUGCAUGAAAACAUUAUUGUGAUGUCACCUGCAUUUUUGUUUCCACCCUUUUUUUUCCGAGAAGCACCAUUGGCCUAUAAUUUUGGAAGAUUAGCAUUUGCAAUAAGUCAUCAAAUUUAUCGUGCAUUUGAUAUAAUAACUUUUCCAUCUGAAUACAGACAUUAUUUUCAAAAUGAAACACAAUGGGAAAAUGUAUUUUGGAACUAUUUUCAGUGCAUGACGAUUCGAUUUAAUCAAAUUCAAGAAAAUGGUAUGACCAGCUUGUCCGAAAACGUUGCUGACACAGAAGGAUUAAAAUUGGCAUUUAAAACAAUGAGACGACUUAUCGAACUUAAUCCAGAUUUAGAAUAUGAGAGAUUAACAAAUCUUUAUGGUUUCGAUGCAAACAAACUGUUUUUUAUAUCAUUUGCAAAUCGAUAUUGUGAAAUUCGUGAUACACCUAAUAAGAGAAGUCAUUCACCAGCCAAGGCGAGGGUCAUUGGAACUUUACAGAAUAUGAAGGAAUUCGCAAUGGCAUUCAAUUGUCAAGAAGGAGAUUUUAUGAAUCCAAGUGAUAAAUGUGAUUUAUGGUCAAAUAUGUAACUUUUAUAUUUUUGCUAUUGAAUAAAGGGAAAUCCCAGGUAAAAAUGAUUCGUACGAAAUUCGUACGCAUUUCGUUCCGAAAUCCGGCCAGAUUCGUACAGAAUUCCUAUCGAAUUCGAAUGAAAUUACUAGCGAAAUUCGUGUGGCGUUUUGAAACGUUUUUUCGCACGAAUAUUCGUGCGAAUAAUACCCGGAUUUUUUUAAAUGGAUUUUCAAGAAUUUUUUUUGAUCGGAAAUCCGUAUGGAAAUUCGCACGGAAUAAUUUUUGACAAUUUCUUCAAAAAUUUUUGGUCAAAUUUCCAUACGAAAUUCGUACAAAAUUCGAACGAAUUACGAACGAAUGUAUUUUGAAAAAUUUUUUAUUAAAUUCUGCUUGGAAAUUCGUAUGGAAUUCCGCACGAAAUGUCAGCCAAAAAUAUCCUCAAAAAUUUUCGACGAAAUUUCCAUACGAUAUUCGUACAAAAUUCGAGCGAAUUACGAACGAAUUUAUUUUGAAAAAUUUUUAUAAAAUUCUGCUCGGAAAUUCGUAUAGAAUUCCACACGAAAUGUCAGCCAAAAAUAUCUUCAAAAAUUUUCGGCCACAUUGCCAAAAUUAAUUCGUUCGUAAUUCGUUCGAAUUUCGUAAGAAUUUCAUAUGGAAAUUUCGAUGAAAAUUUUUGAGGGAAUUUUUAGGUGACAUUUCGUGCGGAAUUCCGUACGAAUUUCCGAGCAGAAUUUUAUAAAAAAAAAUUUUCAAAAUACAUUCGUUCGUAAUUCGCUCGAAUUUCGUACGAAUUUCGUAUGAAAUUUUGACUGAAAAUUUUUGAAGAAAUUGUCAAAAAUAUUCCGUGCGAAUUUCCAUUCGGAUUUCCAAACGAAAAUAUUUCUUGAAAAUCCAUUUAAAAAAAUGCGGGUGUGUUAUUCGCACGAAUAUUCGUGCGAAGAAACGU